AUGGCUAUAACCUUAACAAUAGUAUUUCUAAUGUAUCGAAACAAAACUGAGGUAGGCAGGACUGAAGGGAUAUUGGAGAUCAGAACUGUGCAAAGGAUUUCAUAUUAUGAGCUUUUACAAGCAACUCAUGGUUAUGAGGAAAGCAAUUUGCUUGGCACAGGGAGUUGUGGAUCUGUCUACAAAGGGAUUUUAAAAGAUGGGAUGCUAGUGGCGGUUAAAAUGCUCAAUUUACAAGUGAAAAUUUCACUAGGGAGUUUCGAAAGAGAAUGUGAAGUGUUUCGCAACGUUCGCCAUCGAAAUCUCCCAAAAGUACUUGGCAGUUGCUAUAAUAAUGAUUUCAAAGCUCUAGUUCUUGAAUUCAUGCCUGAUGGUAGUCUUGAAAAGUGGUUGUAUUCCCACAACUAUUUCUUGGAUAUAAUGCAGAGAUUAAACAGAAUGAUAGAUGUGGCGCGUGCAAUUGAUUAUUUUCAUAAUGGCUACUUGAUACCAGUGAUUCAUUGCGAUUUGAAGCCUAGUAAUGUCCUGCUAGAUGCAGAAAUG